ACGAAAAAAAUUUUGAAAAUCUUGUUCAUCAAACAUCUGUUUGAAAAAGUUUUCAAAUUUUUAAUAAUCAAUUUAUCAAAUGUUAUCAAUCAAUAUUAUUCGAACAUUUUCCAGUGUUCCAAAAAUAUCUGGACAAGCAGUUGGUAAAAAACGUUUUCGUUUACCAGUGGAAAAUGAUCCAAAAAAAUUAAUGAAUUUUUGUUGCGGUGCUAAUUAUUAUAAAAAUGGUGAUGAAAUUAAAUUAAAAGAUGAUAAUAAUUAUCCCGAAUGGUUAUGGAAUUUAUCACUUAAACCACCACGACUUUAUGAAUUGAAUCCAAAUACAAAAGAAUAUUGGGAAAAAGCUGCAAUUGUUGGUCAACAACGUGAAUGGAAACUUCGUAGUAUUACCAAUAAAAAACAAAUGAACCUGAAUCCUACCUACAUUGAAAGAAUGGAAUUAAAAUAUCGACGUAGAUUUCGUUCAUUAGCUAAAUAUCAUUUUAAUGCUGGCUAUGAUAUGAUCAAACAUCAUGAACGUGAUGAUAUUUGGAAUAUGCAUCUAAAAGAUCGUUAUUAUUUACCGGAUGAACCGGAAAAGAAACUUUAUCCAGGUAUUGAUAAUAUUCAUUUUAAAAAUGGUUCAAUUGCUACAAAAUUAAUGCAGAAAUAUAAAAGAGCUGGACAUUUUGGAAAAUGAUUAAUUUGUUUGUUAUUAUAAUACAUUUAUUAUUAUAAUUGAAUAAAAAUGAUAGUUUUA